UGAUAGUUCCUUUCUCCCGGGCGGGUGCCGUGGCCGCCCGUUGUCCCGGCUGCAGUGGCCGCCGUUGUCCUGGCGAUGGCUGCUGGCUUUGACCUCUGAGUUACUGGCCUGACGGCUCCCACUCUUCCCGAGUCUGGGGGGUCGAGUCUGGCCGCCCAGACGGUCCUCUGCAGCCAGGGCUUCUAGGCCUCAGGCACAUGGUUGAGGAAGGACACCGCCGACACGCCCAUGACCGUGGUGGGAUAGGGGCAGGGGACAGGGAGUCCAGCGGAGGGAGGUGAAUAGACACUUGGACCCUAACCUCACUUGCGCUUGCGUCUCUGGACUGGGCUCGAGUGACGAUGUCAUGUGGCCUGUGCUUUGGACCGUGGUGCGUACUUAUGCUCCCUAUGUCACAUUUCCUGUGGCCUUCGUGGUUGGGGCUGUGGGCUACCACCUGGAAUGGUUCAUCAGGGGAAAGGAUCCCCAGCCUGUGGAGGAGGAGAAGAGCAUCUCAGAGCGUCGGGAGGAGCGCAAAUUGGACGAGCUGCUAGGCAAGGACCACACCCAGGUGGUGAGCCUUAAGGACAAACUUGAAUUUGCCCCUAAAGCUGUCCUAAACAGAAACCGCCCGGAGAAGAAUUAACAGAAGACACGGGGCCAUAUAGGUCCUUCUGUAGGCUGUGACUGGUCCUGCCACCAUGUUGACUCAGCUCCAGAACCCACAUCUGAUUUGCUUUGUUGCUUAUUCUGGCCCCUUUGGCACCACCCAGCCACACACAAACUGGCUGCUGUUCUGUGGUCAGGAAGACACACUAGCAGCUGAAGGGCCAGGUGAAGAGGAAGGCCCCAGAGCGGUCUGGCCUGCAGGCUGCAUCUGUUGUAUGCUGGCCACAACUGCCUGGGCUUCUGGACUUCUGGGCCCACUGCUGGAAGUAGUGUUACAGAAUGAAUAUUGGCUGUCCAUCUCUGCAGGGAGGCAGUUUGGCUUCAAGCAGAAGUGCAUGGGAUUGGGGUGUUGCCUUAGAGAUACCACAUGUGUAGUUCCCGUUUGCAUGGGAAUUCAGAUAUCUACCUGGCUCCCUUCAUUCAUUUGCCCUGUCCAUUUGUGCUCGCUCUUUCUGAAACCCUGUCCUACCAGCUCAGAAAGGGGGUUCCCUUGGGAAGGAGCGCUUGUUUCUGUUUUUGGCGGCCCAGGCUCUUCAUCUCCGGGCAGGUGAAUUUGCCCAGAUGUCACCUUCGUUCACCUCCCAUCACUGUGUAGCACAAAACGUGAUUAAAGUGGCAUCUGAGAACCAUAAUAAUCUAA